AUUCCGUAUGUCUAAGCCUCAUCAGCCCGCUCAACUUUCUCGUCCUCCUCAACUUCAUAGUCAUACAUCAGUUCCUUUAACGCCUUCUUUAGAGACUAUCACUUCAACAGUUCAUCACCCGCUUUUACUGCCUCCUUAUUCCACAGUUUCUAGAAACUCUCAAGUCCGCAAAGUUCCUCAACUUCAUGACACAAUAUCUCCGAAUGUCGAUCGCCCUGAUCAUUUUCUCUUGCAGACAGGUCUAAAUUCCCCUCUGACAUUUAAUCAUGGCCUGAAUUCAGUACCUUUAAGUACACCCCGUCGCCCUCAACCUUUAGCUGCGAAUUUAGUACUUGGGGUACAACAAUCGUUUAUUCAACGAAAAUCACUUGCAGAAAUCAAUAUCUUUACAAGUAGCCAAUAUAAUCAAUUAAAAAUCUUGUGUUCUGGAGAAGUACUAUCAAUAUACGAUACAGAUCAUUGGGGAAAUAUACUUUUAAGCGAAAAAUUUACCGCCACGAAUUCUGG